AUGGAACAAAGGAUACAAAUAUCUACUAAUGGUCUUAGACAUUUUAGCAAAUAUGGCUGGAUAGUCCUGCUAAAAUGUAAAACGGGCCUAGCUGUAAGAGAUGCACUCAAGAGUAUAUUUGGAGAAGGUCAAAAGCCUAAAUUCUUCUGGGUCGAUAAAGGACAUGAAUAUUACAACAAAAAUGUUGAAGAUGUACUAGUUAAAGAGGAUGUAAAAAUGUAUUCUACUGGAAACGAAGAGGAAUCAUCUGUUUGUGAAUGUUGGAAUAGAACUAUCAAAGAUAAAAUGUACAAGCAAUUCACUAUACAAAAUAAUACAGUCUAUUAUGAUAUACUAGACAAGAUACUCGAUCCAUACAAUAACAUGAAACAUAGAUCCAUUGGUGUGACUCCAGUGGAAGCUAGCCAAAAAAGAAUUGUGGUAUGGUUUAUUUUAAUUAAUCUAUAUGGCGAUUUACAAGCUAAUAAUCAGACAGCUAAAUUUAAAGUAGGUGACUCAGUAAGGAUAAGUAAAUAUAAGAGAAAAACCUUUGAUAAAGGAUAUACUCCUAAUUGCACUGAAAAAGUGUUUAUUGUUGAAAAAAUCCAAUACAUGGAUCCCAUUGCUUAUAAGAUCUGCGAUCAAAAAGAUGAAGUGAUACAAGGUACUUUUUAUGAAAAAGAACUCCAACUAGCUAGGCAAAAUAUCUACUGCAUAGAAAAAGUCAUAAAGAAGAGCAAAGAUAGAGCGUUAGUAAAAUGGAAAGGAUACCCAGAUGAAUUCAAUAGUUGGGUGUCAUUAAAAGAUAUAGAAAAAUUAUGA